UGGUGGCGUCACCUGUUUGGCUCUUUCAAUGCGUAGGGAACUCUACGCUUUGCCACAGCAUUGUUUCCCGUAGCUUGCUUCCGGCCAUGGGGGGCGCCAUCAGCAAGAUAGGGAAGGCCAAGAAACUGUCCAACCUGCUAUCGGGCAGGAGCAAGAAAGAUAGAGACAAGUUCGACCGCGCCUUUGCUAAGUACCCUCCAACUCCCUCGCGUACCUGGGGCUUUCAGGCCAACACCAACGCUAUCUAUGCGAAUGACAGCUGGGCUUCAACGCAGAAGCGCAUCCGCAUGAGCGACAUCAACCGAUUCCUUGGCAUGAAGCCCUACCCUGGCAAGCCCUCACAGGGUGUCAUCCACCCUGGGUGGUACAACCUCGUGUGGGGGAACCCGGAGGAGCACUGGUGGUCCGACGCGGAGGAUCAGAACUACAACCUGCAGUUCUCGAAGCAGCAGCACCACGACAUGGGCCCGAAGGGCGUGCUGAUAGCCCUGGCCUGUACGGCGCUGGCCGCAGGGGCCAGAGCCUCCAGAGCUCACCGGAACCGAAAGCAGAUUGGCUGGGGCAAGUUCCUGUGAGACUCCGUGCGAUUGUGCGGGCUUGGUGUUUCGGUUCCUUGACGGCAGUUUGUAAGUGGUCCAGCCGUGAGUUUGGACAUGGGCGUGGAUGGCAGCUCACGGAAUUUGCACCAGGCUUACGGUUUUCUUCCUCGGCGAUCGACCAGUGAGCUUAGAAGUUAGCAGCGGCCGUUGCAAGAAGCAACUGGGCAUGUGACUGCAUGUCAUGGUCUCAGCUCCGCUGGCCACGUUGGAGCCCCCGCCAACGACGUCCGG